AUGGAGUCUUCACCCUCGCCAACGAUAAAUGGCCCCCCUUCGCCUAGGAACCUGCACGACAAGAAGGGGGAUACUACGAAUGCUGCGUCCCGGCCAGCAUCGAACGAGGGUGCGGAGGAGGUGGAUGCCGUCUGGGGCAAGCUGGAUGGGAACAGCCCAAAUUAUAAGAGCUUGUCAUGGGUACGCGCGGCCAUCAUUAUGAUCAAAUCUCAAAUCGGGCUGGGUAUACUGGGCUUGCCGCUAGUGAUGGACAAUGUCGGACUGGUACCAGGAAUCAUAAUCAUCCUUGUCAUAGCUGUCAUUACAACAUGGGCAGACUACAUUAUUGGGGUGUUCAAGCGGAGACAUCCAGAUGUCUACACGCUGGCAGAUGUUGGUUACCACAUGGCAGGACCAAUCGGACGCGAGGUCGUCUUCUUCUUCUACUGGCUCGAAAUGACUGCCAUCGCGGGGGCUGGUUUCGUGGGAGUAGCAACAGCUCUGAACGCCGUCUCGCUGCACGGAACAUGUACCGUGGUAUUCGUCGUUGUCGCUGCCGUAGCCACCGCACUGGUGUCCUCGCUCCGGACACUGGACCGGAUAUCCUGGGUCGGUUGGGUCGGUCUCGUAUCCAUCAUCGCAGCGGUCAUUACUCUGGCCGUGUCCGUUGGGGUACAAGACCGACCGGCCAGUGCUCCGCAGACGGGACCAUGGUCCAAGGAAGUCAACGCCUUCAGUCAGACCUCUUUCGUCCAGGCUAUGAACGCCGUUAACACUGUCGUCUUCGCUUACGCAGGCGGGCCGACUUUUGUCAGUGUGGUCGGCGAGAUGAAGCACCAGCGAGACUACACCAAGAGUGUCGUCACAUGCCAGGCUUUCGUCACUGCUGUCUACUUGAUCAUCGGCUGUGUCGUUUAUCAUUACGUCGGACAAUACAUUGCAUCCCCCGCUCUUGGAUCUGCAGGGCCUCUCAUGAAGCGAGUAUGCUACGGAAUCGCCAUCCCCGGACUGCUUGUCGGCUGCAUCAUCUACACCCAUCUCCCGGCGAAAGGCAUCUUUGUCCGCAUCCUCCGCGGUAGCAAGCACCUCUCCACUCCCACAUGGCAACACUGGACGAUCUGGCUCUGCUGCGUGAUUGGAAAUUGCGCCAUCAGCUUCAUCAUCGCAGAGGCCAUCCCGUUCUUCGGCGAUUUGCUCAGUUUGAUCGGUGCCUUACUCGGCACUUUCAUUUGCAUUAUCCUGGAAGGGUACAUGUGGAUCUGGCUUUACAAAGAUGCCGAACGCACCACAAGAUGGAAAGUCCUCGUCGUUCUCAACAGCUUGAUGAUUGCCGCCGGCUUCUACAUCAUGGUGGCCGGGACGUACGCAGCAUGUGUUACGAUCAACGACAGUCUGAAGAGCGGGAAUACCACAUCACCGUUCUCUUGCGCGGAUAAUUCCAACUCGGUGUGA